AUGGUUGGCCGAGAAAUCUCGGCAACAGCUGGCCGAGUGCACUCUGGCCGAGCUGGCCAAGAGCGGUCUGGCCGAGCUGGCCGAGAGCACUCUGGCCGAGCUGGCCGAGAGCACUCUGGCCGAGCUGGCCGAGAGCACUUGACAGCACUCGCCGAGAGCACUCUGGCCGAGCUGGCCGAGAAAACUCGACAGCACUGGCCGAGAGCACUCUGGCCGAGCUGGCCGAGAGCACUCGACAGCACUGGCCGAGAGCACUCUGGCCGAGCUGGCCGAGAGCACUCGACAGCACUGGCCGAAAGCACUCAGGCCGAGCUGGCCGAGAGCACUCGACAGCACUGGCCAAGAGCACUCUGGCCGAGCUGGCCGAGAGCACUCGACAGCACUGGCCUAGAGCACUCGAUAGCACUGGCCGAGCUGGCCGAGUGCACUCGGCUGGGCUGGCCGAGAGCACUUGGCUGGGCUGGCCUAGAGCACUUGUCGGGGCUGAAAUAUCGGUUUUUUCGGUUUUUUCCCACGCUUAAUCCCACAUUUUUUCCUACUGCCGAUAUUUCCUGA